AUGCCGGGCGCCCAGCUUUGCCCCUUUCAUCGGCCCGCGCCUAGCUGCUACUGCUCCUCAAGAGUUUGUCAGUGCAUUGAAAGGAUCCGUCUUGCAAGAGCAGGCCUGGGUGCCCGCUUUACAACUUGCACAGGCUGUGUGGCCUUGGCCAACGCCAACCAGCGUCACAGCCAGGUAUCAACGGGCAUUCAGGGGCUGGAGAGCAUGGGCUCCACCAGUCUUGAGCGGGCACUCUCCCGAUUCCGGAUGUUCUUGCAGUCAGACCUGCGUAGCACCAGAGGUUUAAUCCAUCCCAUUGUCGCGCGCCUUGUGCUGUUCGAUCGCAGGGCCGAGCGGAGUUUUGAUAUCUGGAUGAACUGGAUUUUUGACCACUUGGGCCUGGAGCCCAGCCAGAUCAGGAUGGAUGUCAACUCUGGCCAUCUCAUCGUCAACAACAGAGUUAUCGCCCCUCCUCCUGUUAGACUGACAAGUGCAGAAAUCGACCGUCUCGAGCACGAGCUGAAGGCCCGCAUCGGAGACGCUCGUUGUGAGGAACGCCGCGAGCAGCGGGACCGCCGUCCCGCGGUUGCUCCAGAGAGCUUCCCGUCACUUGAGAGGGCGGUCAAUGACCCUCCUUCAGCCACGCGUAGCUUGCCCAAUCCGUACUCAAGCCGUCAAGCGCCUGUUCAUAUUCGCGCCGAGUCAAGCAUGACAUCUUUCCAUCGAGGACCCAGGGGUAGGUAUGAGUUUGAAGACGACACUGACAAAUGUCCCCCUCUACGGGGAAGCGUUGGGGCAGCGGCGGGUGCUCGUCCGCCACCGAGACCGCAAGCGUUCCGCCGCUCGAAUCAGGUUGAACAUCAGGGGGUCCAGCUUGGUAGCUCCCUCAAUAGGUCUCAGGGCCGGCCGGCGCCAGUCAACCCAUCACGCACUGGGUCUGCAGCUCGAAGUCGGCCCCAGGCGUCGACUCGGGAGGACUUCAGUCCCUAUCGACCGGAAAACCGCGGUGCUACACCUGAGCCUGUGCCUGUGUCUGGCAAUGGCAAUGGCAGCGGCACGACAUAUGCCCAUGAACAUAGUGAGUCCGUCUCGGCUCGACCCCAGUCGCGCUUUCUCUCUGCAGAACGAUCCCAGCCAACAAGCGCACCGGGAUUUCUUCCAUAUCGUCCCGAGUACCGCGUUGUAACUCCUGAGCCCAGGAUGGGCCAUCCUGUGGGCACUACUUACCGUCUAGAGCAUGAGGAGUCACUCGAUCCCCGGCCCAUGUCGCAGUUCGGAGUGGGGUCGGGAGAUAACUUUAGGCCGCAGGCUUCGCACCGAGUUCGUGGAAGCGGCCGCGGCGAGAGGAGGCUGGUCUCCCCGCCGUUCCCGCGACGAAGCAAGUGUUCAAUCACGGGGUUGAAGGCCUUGAGUGGAUGCAUGGUAGGCACGGUGCCGACUGGAGACUGGAUGGUGGCGAGGUAUUUUCGUUAA